AUGGGCCCACAUCAAUAUCUCUCCUUCGGCCUCUCUUCCCCUCAUUCCUCCACGGAAUACCUUAAAACCGUGUAUGCAACAACAUGGGCCAACCCUUCAACCCUCUCUUCAUGGCAUUUCUCUCCCUCAACCUCAACGCUUUCUUUCGGUAACUCGGUCGAGAUUACUGCUGCGGGGAGCUACGUUCAUGUUCAACCCCCUCCUUAUUACACUCUGACCGCGCCUGGGUUUGGUAGUAAGCCUGGUGUUGGGAGGUGGCUGGCAUCUGCCGGAGGUCCUACGGGGGAGUUGCAUAGGUUGGAUAGUGAGACGGGGGAGAUAGGGGAAAAAGUAAAAGAGAUAAUAUUUUUGAAGGGGGGGAAGGAGGAGUUAGAGUUUGCGGAUAAAAGUAGGCGUAGUUUGAGGUUUGGUGCGCACAGCUUUGAUUGUAGCAACAACAAUGCCGGAGCCGAAGAGGCAGGCGCAGGCGCAGGCGCAGGAGAGGAAAGUGGCAACGCUGUUGGUCAGGUAGCAUUUGUAGCAGACCUAGGAGCAAACGCAGUGCAAGCUUACUCCUUCCCUUCGCUCCGCCAUCUCUAUUCUAUCCCUAGUAUCCAAAAGGGGGAUGGACCGAGACAUGCAAUCCCUCACCCGCAUCUACCUUUGAUCUUUACUGUGACGGAACACACGAAUUUCGUUGAUGCUUAUUCCACUCCCCCUUCCUCCUCUAUUCCCUCUUCAGGCUCAGAGACGGACAAGAUAUCGUUGGAAGCUACAGCAAUACACUUGGCUCGAGCAGAUAUGCUGACUCGCACGCAAGCCACCAAAAGAGGCGAGUAUAGAGGCGAUACGCUCCGAUUUAGCUCCAAUCUGGAUUAUAUCUAUGCAAGUACGAGGGGUAAAACGGUGGAUACGAAAGGAUUGCUGCUAGCGUACAGGUUAGUAAUUGAAUCUUCAGCGCACAACGGAGAGUUGCAAGUGGAGAUGAAGCCAGUGGCGAGAUGGGAGACUAGAACAAGUGGUGGGAAAGCAAAUGCGAUCGAACUUGCACCCCAAACCCUCGCAAAAACCGAAGAAGGAACCGAAGCGGAAGCGGCCAACGGGCAAGACCUGUUGGUCUUAACCGAUGACGAACAGGGUUGGAUCGACGUGGUAAGUUUUGAUUUUGAAAAGCAACAGUUUAGGAUGCAAGCUACGACAAGGCUGCCCAAGUUGCAAGGAGGUGAUGAAUGGCAAGGUGCUAGUCAUGCUAUUUGGCUAAACUAA